UCUGCUUUCCUUCCUCUUCCUUUCAUAUAUAUGAUUGUUGAUUUCUCUUACAGUAUACCCACCAUGCCCGAGGCUCCUAAUAACCCGAAUGGCCUUGAACAUGAUGCCGCCAAUGCUCAUAAUAACGCCGCCCAGGCUAGCCGUGAGAGAGCCCUGAAAUACAUCGAGGAUGUCACCGGCAACGCCGAUGACAUUCAAACCAGUGUCCUUGCUGAGAUCCUUUCUCGCAGUGCCCGUGCUGAGUACCUCCAACGCCAUGGUCUUGAUGGUCGUACUGACGCCGACUCUUUCAAGAAGCUCAUACCCGUCGUCUCUUAUGACGAUUUAAAACAGGAUAUUGAUCGUAUUGCCAAUGGUGACACGUCCCCGAUUUUAUGUUGCAAACCCAUAUCAGAGUUCUUGACUAGCUCUGGAACAUCUGGUGGAGAAAGAAAAUUAAUGCCGACGAUCGAAGAGGAGCUGGACAGGAGGGCGUUGCUUUAUAGCCUUUUGAUGCCGGUGAUGAGCCAAUAUGUUGAGGGUUUGGGCGAGGGCAAAGGGAUGUAUUUUUUGUUCGUAAAAUCAGAAGCUAAGACUCCGGGAGGACUUUUAGCUCGUCCAGUUUUAACCAGCUACUACAAAAGCUCUCAUUUUAAAGACAGGCCUUUUGAUCCCCACACUAACUACACCAGCCCCAACGAGACCAUUCUCUGCCCUGACUCCUUCCAAAGCAUGUAUUCCCAAUUGCUUUGUGGCCUUUGUCAAAACGAUCAAGUCCUUCGCGUUGGGGCUGUUUUUGCUUCUGGGUUUAUUCGUGCUAUCAAGUUCCUCGAAAAGCAUUGGGUUUCCCUGUGUAAUGACAUCAGAACCGGUACAAUAGACCCCAAAAUCACUGACCCUUCAGUGAGAGAGGCCGUCAUGAAAUUACUCAAGCCAAAUCCCCACCUCGCGGCUUUUGUAGAAGCCGAAUGUGUCCAAGACUCAUGGAAGGGUAUCAUUCCUAGGCUAUGGCCUAACACCAAGUAUGUUGACGUAAUCGUCACAGGAACCAUGUCUCAAUACAUUCCCACUCUGGAUUACUAUAGUAACAGUCUUCCCCUGGUGUGCACCAUGUAUGCUUCUUCUGAGUGUUACUUUGGUCUCAACCUAAACCCUUUGUGUGACCCAAGCGAGGUCUCUUACACCCUCAUCCCUUCCAUGGCUUACUUUGAGUUCUUGCCUCUUAACAAGAAAAACGGGCUUGCCAACUCAGGUUCUCACCCAGACCAACAACUAGUUGAUCUCGUAGAUGUGAAGUUGGGUCAACAAUAUGAGCUUGUAGUUACCACCUAUUCAGGCCUCUAUAGGUAUCGGGUUGGGGAUAUACUGCGUGUGACUGGAUUCAAGAAUAAGGCUCCUCAAUUCAACUUCGUAUGUCGAAAGAAUGUGGUUCUGAGCAUAGAUUCUGACAAGACGGAUGAAGUUGAGCUCCAAAAUGCUGUGAAGAAUGCAGCUAAUCACCUUCUUCAGUUUGGUGCAUCGCUGACAGAGUACACAAGCUGUGCGGACACCUCAAUUAUCCCAGGCCACUAUGUUUUAUACUGGGAGAUUGGCCCGAGUGAGCAAACCUCAAUCCCUCCUUCUGUUUUUGAGGAUUGUUGCCUUGCAGUUGAAGAAUCACUCAACAGUGUGUAUCGCCAAGGCAGAGUUUCUGACAAGUCCAUUGGGCCUCUAGAGAUUAGGAUAGUGGAGAAUGGGACAUUUGACAAGCUCAUGGACUUCUCUCUGAGCAUGGGUGCAUCCAUUAAUCAGUACAAAACUCCUCGAUGUGUGACAUACGCUCCUAUUAUAGAGCUUUUGAACUCCAAAGUUGUUUCAAGUUACUUCAGUCCGAAAUGCCCAAAGUGGGCUCCAGGGCAUAGGAAGUGGUGCACCCUCGACUGAAAACAAACGUUAACGUACGUUUGAGAAGGCGCGCGAGCUUAAAUUAAUAGACAUGUUGAGCUUGAUAAUUGGUAUUUAGUUGUGUGAUCGACCGAGCAGUAGAAUAUCAUAUGUAGGGGCAUGCAUAUGUAUGCAGCCAGUGCUGUCUUUCAAGUGUUGAUUUAAAAUUCAGUUGAAGGUUUAAGGGGUUCGCGUGCAGUAUAUAUAUAUUUUUUUAAUUACUCUGCAUGGAUGAAUAGUAACUUCAUUCCAUUUCAAUCAGCUAAAUUCCGCGUUUGAAAUUAAAGCACAAUUAGAUUAGUUUAGGGAUCUCUCUCUUUGCCCAUCGCCUUUUGGAUUGAUCGAAACUCUAAUUUGAUUGUAUUUGUGGACUCUAGGGCUAGAUCCAUGGUGAAGGUAUGAGAUGAACUUUUCUUCGCACCUGCUUCUCAAUUAAACUAUGUAACCUUGAUAAGAGGAUUGAUAAAGGUAGGGUCAAUUCUGUAUCUUUCUAGACUCGUUUUCUUGGUCAUUCUCCCAAUACGGGACAGUGCAUGUAUCAAAUCUGAAUUACGUGUCAUUGUUAUGUAUGGCAGACGACACCUUUAAUUUUCAUCGAAAGUCAAUCGUUGCAUGCGGCAAAGUAGCACUAUCCCACUGGAGGGUUCGGUACCUGCUAAUUCUCUCUCUGUUUUUUCCCCCCAACUUUAUAUGUGUUUGCCAGCUAAUCCACAUUGAAAGCAGUGUAAAAUGUGGACUGUUUGGGACCUCAUCAACUUACUGUACACAUACCUCAAACCUUACUAUUGAUUGGGCGCAUAGCUCCAUCUUCAAGGGUUGGGGAAAAAAAAUACAGUCUUCCCAUGUUUCAGGGGCAACUUCCUCAUUUAGUUUAAUUUUUAUCAGCCCUUCAGCUUAUUGCU